AUGCUGCCAACUGCCGUUCUGCUGGUCCUGGCAGUGUCUGUGGCGGCCAGAGAUAACGCCACGUGUGAUGGCCCCUGCGGGUUACGGUUCAGGCAGAAAUUAGAGUCAGGCAUGCGCGUGGUCGGCGGCAUGAGUGCAGAACCGGGCGCCUGGCCCUGGAUGGUCAGCCUCCAGAUCUUUAUGUACCACAACAACCGGAGGUACCACACGUGCGGGGGCAUCUUGCUGAACUCGCACUGGGUGCUCACUGCUGCUCACUGCUUCAAGAACAAAAAAAAAGUUACUGACUGGAGACUGAUUUUCGGAGCAAACGAAGUUGUGUGGGGAAGCAAUAAGCCGGUGAAGCCACCCCUGCAGGAGAGAUUUGUUGAGGAGAUCAUCACUCAUGAAAAAUACGUUUCAGGGUUAGAGAUAAAUGACGUUGCUCUCAUAAAGAUCACCCCUCCUGUUCCAUGCGGGCCCUUCAUCGGACCAGGCUGCCUGCCCCAGUUUAAGGCAGGCCCGCCCAGAGCGCCCCAGACAUGCUGGGUGACUGGCUGGGGCUACUUAAAAGAGGAAGGCCCCAGGACGUCACCUACACUGCAGGAGGCACGUGUGGACCUCAUCGACCUCGAAUUAUGUAACUCAACCCGCUGGUACAAUGGGCGAAUUCGUUCAACCAAUGUGUGCGCAGGGUAUCCUAGAGGCAAGAUUGACACCUGCCAGGGGGACAGCGGCGGGCCUCUCAUGUGCAGAGACAGAGCGGAAAACACCUUUGUGGUCGUGGGCAUCACAAGCUGGGGGGUAGGCUGCGCCCGAGCUAAGCGCCCUGGAGUCUACACGUCUACCUGGCCCUAUCUGAACUGGAUUGCUUCCAAGAUUGGUUCUAAUGCCUUGCAGAUGGUUCAACUGGGCACCCCUCCCCGUCCUUCUACUCCAGCACCCCCUGUCAGACCCCCCUCUGUUCAGACUCCUGUUCGCCCACCCUGGUACUUCCAGCGCCCUCCUGGACCCUCCCAGCAAUCUGGGUCCCGCCCCCGCCCCCCAGCUCCCCCCCCCUCCCCCCCCACCCCCGCCCCCCCCACCCCCCCCCCGCCCCCGCCCCCACAGCAAGUUUCCGCUAGGCCUCCCCAAGCACUUUCCUUUGCCAAGCGACUGCAGCAGCUCAUAGAGGCCCUGAAGGGGACGGCGUUCUCUGGUGGAAAGAGCUAUUAUGAAGUGGAGAGCACAGACCUCCAAGAACUGCCCGCCUCCUGAUCUGACCCCAUUUCCACCUGGUUUGGACCCAUUGCACACCUCAUCCCUGAGGAA